GGGGGGGGGGGGGUAUAUGACUUUUCAGAACUGUAAAAUUUGAUAAAAAGUAUAUCCUUCGACGGAUCAUGUAUUGUUCUACAUGACAGUAUUGAUUACUUUACAAAUGAAUAGUAGUUAUCUUAUUUUACACGGAUAAUUUUUCUUUAAUUAGACUAAUAUAUGUACAAAUUGUAAAUCUACUAUUCUAUUUAAUUCUAACACAUGUGUUGUAUGUGAAACACCGGUAUCCAAAGAACCACAACAGCGACCAACUUCUCAAAAUCAGGUUUCAAAAAAAUUAAUCAAAUUUCAAUGUUCCUCUCUAGACAAGAAUUCUAUGUCCUCAUUGUAAAUCAACAAAUUCAAUACAUUUACGAACAUGUUAUAUUUGUGAAAAUGUAUUAAUACCAACAUCGACUUCACCAGAAAAACGAACUUCAAUUUCAAUACCAACAAUAUCAAAACAAACAAAUACAAUGAUCAUAACAUGCUCAAAAUGUUUUCGUUUAAAUAAUCCUAAUGCUCGUUUUUGUGAUUGGUGUAGUGCAUAUCCUGAUCAUGCAUCUACAUCAACACAAUGUACAAAAUGUCAUACUAAUAAUGAUUCAUUUGCAAAAUUUUGUUCAACAUGUGGAUGUGUUCUUGAACGACCAUUACGUAUUAUUGAUACACGUCUUUAA